AUGCUUAGUCUCGCCCGCAAGACAUUGAAUCGCGUUCCAAGCUUCCAGGAUAUCCUACAAGGCAGAAUGACCCACCCAGAUAUCUCCGUCGACGUUCUCGUCAUUGGUGCAGGCCCAACUGGCUUGGGUGCUGCUAAGCGUCUGAACCAGAUUAAUGGCCCCUCGUGGUUGAUUGUGGAUAGCAACGAGACUCCCGGUGGUCUUGCUUCCACCGAUGUUACCCCCGAAGGAUUCCUUUAUGAUGUCGGUGGUCAUGUUAUCUUCUCCCACUACAAGUACUUCGACGACUGCAUCAACGAGGCCCUCCCCAAGGACGAUGACUGGUAUACCCACCAGCGUAUCUCCUACGUCCGCUGCCAGGGCCAAUGGGUUCCCUAUCCUUUCCAGAACAACAUCUCCAUGCUUCCCAAGCAGGAGCAGGUUAAAUGCAUUGACGGCAUGAUUGAUGCUGCUCUUGAGGCCCGUGUGGCCAACACCAAGCCCAAGGACUUCGACGAGUGGAUUGUCCGCAUGAUGGGAACUGGUAUCGCCGAUCUCUUCAUGAGACCUUACAACUACAAAGUCUGGGCUGUGCCGACAACUAAGAUGCAAUGCGCUUGGCUUGGUGAGCGUGUUGCCGCUCCCAACCUCAAGGCUGUUACCACCAACGUCAUCCUCAACAAGACCGCCGGUAACUGGGGCCCCAACGCUACUUUCCGUUUCCCUGCACAUGGUGGUACUGGUGGUAUCUGGAUUGCGGUUGCCGACACCCUGCCCAAGGAGAAGACUCGCUUCGGUGAGAAGGGCAAGGUUGUGAAGGUCAACGCCGGCAACAAGACCGUUCAGCUUGCCGAUGGAACCACCGUCGGCUACAAGAAGCUCGUCUCCACCAUGGCUGUGGACUUCCUCGCCGAGCAAAUGGGUGAUCAAGAACUGGUUGGCCUCACCAAGCAGCUCUUCUACUCUUCUACCCAUGUGAUCGGUAUUGGUAUCCGUGGCAGCCGCCCUGAGAGAAUCGGUGACAAGUGCUGGCUGUACUUCCCUGAGGAUAACUGCCCCUUCUACCGUGCCACUAUCUUCUCCAACUACUCUCCUUACAACCAGCCUGAUGCUUCCAAGAAACUGCCUACCUUGCAGCUCGCAGAUGGGUCCAAACCCAAGAGCUCCGAUGCUCAGGACGGCCCCUACUGGUCCAUCAUGUUGGAGGUCUCCGAAUCCUCCAUGAAACCUGUCAACUACGAAACUCUCCUGGCCGAGUCGAUCCAGGGUCUCGUCAACACUGAGAUGCUCAAGCCCACCGACGAGAUCGUAUCCACCUAUCACCGCCGCUUCGACCAUGGCUACCCCACCCCCUCUCUGGAGCGCGAGGGUGCUCUUACUCAGAUCCUGCCGAGACUCCAGGCCCAGGAUAUCUGGACCCGUGGUCGCUUCGGUAGCUGGCGGUACGAGGUCGGUAACCAGGAUCACUCUUUCAUGCUGGGUGUCGAGGCUGUGGACAACAUUGUCAACGGUGCUGUCGAGCUCACACUGAACUACCCUGACUUCGUCAACGGUAGACAGAACGCCGAAAGGCGCUUGGUUGAUGGCGCUCAGCUUUUCGCCCAGGGCCAGUAA